AGGAGCUCAGCGAGCCUGGCAAGAGUCCUCCCCGCUACAGACGAGCUCGUUUAAGCCAAGCGGCAGGCAGGGCGCAGCGUUACCAUGGUCUUCUCCAUCCCGCCGACACAUUCCUGGCCGGUCCGUUUCAUUUCCGCGAUCAGCUUCGACAGAGUGUGCGAGCGUGAGGGACCUCGUAGCUGGAGCACAGAAUGCACGGGGGAAGAAGAGGACUGGUGGCGCCGCAGAACACUUUUUUGGAGAACAUCGUCCGACGCUCAAGCGAGACCAGUUUUCUCCUGGGUAAUGCUCAGAUCGUUGAGUGGCCUAUAGUGUACAGUAAUGACGGAUUCUGCAAACUGUCUGGCUACCACAGGGCUGAGGUCAUGCAGAAGAGCAGUACCUGUAGUUUUAUGUACGGUGAACUGACAGACAAGAAGACAAUAGACAAAGUCAGACAGACUUUUGACAACUAUGAGUCCAAUUGCUUUGAAGUUCUGCUCUAUAAGAAGAACAGAAGUCCAGUUUGGCUAUACAUGCAGGUGGCCCCGAUCAGGAACGAAAACGAUAAAGUGGUUUUGUUCCUCUGCACCUUCAAGGACAUAACUGUCUUCAAACAACCAAUUGAGGAUGAGACCACCAAAGGAUGGACCAAAUUUGCAAGACUAACCAGAGCACUGACCAACAGCCGUGGCACAAUCCAGCAACUCACACCAUUAAACAAAACUGAAGUGAGCCAUAAGCACUCUCGACUGGCUGAGGCUCUUCAGUUAGGCUCAGACAUCCUCCCGCAAUACAAGCAAGAGGCUCCUAAAACUCCCCCUCAUAUCAUCCUGCACUACUGCACCUUCAAGACCACAUGGGACUGGGUCAUCCUUAUCCUCACUUUCUAUACUGCCAUCAUGGUGCCAUAUAACGUCUCUUUUAAGACCAAACAGAACAACCUGGCCUGGCUGGUGGUGGACAGUGUGGUGGAUGUCAUUUUCCUAGUGGAUAUUGUGCUUAACUUUCACACCACCUUUGUGGGGCCUGGUGGAGAGGUCAUAUCAGAUCCUAAACUCAUACGCAUGAACUACCUAAAAACCUGGUUUGUCAUAGACCUGCUCUCCUGCCUGCCAUAUGACAUCAUCAACGCGUUUGAGAAUGUUGAUGAGGACUCCAUCUCUGACUCCUCUGCAGUGGGCCACAUACCAUCAGCACGGAACGGCACACGCACAGAAGAUUCUUUGCUGCCGGGUCUCAGCAGCCUUUUCAGCUCACUCAAAGUGGUACGUUUGCUGCGUCUGGGCCGAGUGGCUCGUAAGCUGGACCAUUAUCUGGAGUAUGGCGCUGCUGUUCUAGUUCUCCUUGUCUGCGUAUUUGGCUUGGUGGCUCAUUGGUUGGCCUGUAUCUGGUACAGCAUCGGUGAUUACGAGGUCAUUGAUGAAGUCACAAACACCAUUAAAACAGACAGCUGGCUCUAUCAGCUAGCAGUCAGUAUCGGUACACCAUAUCGGUAUAAUUCCAGUGGAUCAGGUCAGUGGGAAGGAGGACCCAGUAAGGACACCCUCUACAUAUCAUCACUCUACUUCACAAUGACCAGCCUGACUACUAUUGGGUUCGGCAACAUCGCUCCUACUACGGAUGGCGAGAAAAUCUUCUCUGUGGCCAUGAUGAUGGUGGGCUCUCUCCUGUAUGCCACCAUCUUUGGAAAUGUGACCACAAUCUUCCAGCAGAUGUAUACGAAUACAAACCGCUACCACGAGAUGCUGAACAAUGUCCGGGACUUUCUGAAGCUCUAUCAGGUGCCCAAAGGCUUGAGUGAAAGAGUAAUGGACUACAUUGUCUCCACCUGGGCCAUGUCAAAAGGCAUCGACACAGAGAAGGUGCUGUCUAUAUGCCCGAAAGACAUGCGGGCGGACAUUUGCGUUCACCUAAAUCGGCAGGUGUUUAAUGAGCAUCCUGCCUUCCGACUAGCAAGUGACGGCUGUCUGCGCUCUUUGGCUGUGGAGUUCCAGACCACACAUUGCGCCGGAGACCUCAUCUUCCACGCUGGAGAGAGUGUUGACACGCUAUGCUUUGUGGUGUCUGGCUCGCUUGAGGUCAUUCAGGAUGAUGAGGUUAUUGCCAUUCUCGGUAAGGGCGAUGUGUUUGGUGAUGUGUUCUGGAAAGAGACCACUCUUGCACAUGCAUGCGCCAACGUACGGGCACUGACUUACUGUGACCUGCAUGUGAUCAAGAGAGAAGCGCUGCUCAAGGUGCUGGAAUUCUACACAGCGUUCGCCAACUCUUUCUCACGUAACCUCAUCCUUACCUGCAACCUCCGGAAGCGGAUCGUCUUCCGUAAAAUUGCGGAUGUGAAGAAGGAGGAGGAGGAGAGGAGACACCAGAAAAAUGAGGUCACACUCUCUAUUCCUGUGGACCAUCCCGUCCGCAAACUCUUCCAGAAGUUCAAACAGCAGAAAGAGAUGAGAGCACAUGGGUCAAUGCUGCCUGACCAGCUGCAUGUGGAACACCAGCUUCAUCCACUGUCCCACCACCACCGCCAUCAGCAGCAUCAUUAUCCUCAGCCACAAUACCAGGUGCACCACCCACUCCAUCAUCACCAUGGACCCUCUAUGCAAAAUGGGACUCCUGGUUUAGGUGGAGGUAAUGGAAAUGGUGGUUCCACUGUUGUGACUGUUUCACAAAUAACCCCAGUUCAGAGUUCUUUGGCAUAUGUUCAAACAGAGGACUCCAGUGGCAGAGCCUGCCAUGAGGCAAUGGAACUUAAACCCAGCCUCAGUGUGGUUGACCAGAACUGUCUAAAAUUCACUAGUCCUGCCCUAACCAGGGGUGGUGGUGGAGGACGGGGAUGGAUGCGUCUCAGGAACACAGAAAGUGGAGUCUCACUCCCUCCUCCAUCUAACUCAGAUUGGCAAAAGAAAGAGGAGGAGUGGGGAGAUGUUACCCAGCUCAUUAAACUGCCCCCAGAAGAUUCCAAAAGCCAGGCAGCUGGGGGGAAAGAACCCAUGACAGGUAAUUCAGACAGAAAUGGGAGUGACAGUGGAAAUGGGGGCACUGAAGGAGCAGAUGAGAAGAGUGCACUACACAAGACUGAUUCUUGUGACAGCGGUAUUACCAAAAGUGACUUACGCAUUGACAGGGUAGGCGACUCUCUUAGCCCCAUGGAGCGGAGUCCAUUUGAGCAACCUAGCCCUGGAGUAGGGGCCUUGACUGCAAAAGGUCUUUCUUUCCUACCUGUGCCUGAGCAGACUCUGCUUCAAAGCACCUUGCAGGAGGCUAAGAUGGAACUUAAAGAAGACAUCCAGACCCUGAGUGGUCGUCUGUCUAACCUAGAGGCCCAGGUGGGAGAGAUUUUAAGACUGCUUUCAGAGCAGAGAAGAUCAAGCCCUUCAUCACAGACUUCAACCCCCAAAAACCAACUCAAAUGCCAGGACAUUUUCAUUGUCUCAAGACCUGUUACUCCGGAAGCAGACAGAGACGAUGGGCCUUUUUAAAAUCAAGAGAGAAACAUUUAUUUAUUUAUUUAUUUAUUAAUUUAUUUUAAAUAGGUUGGUGGGUUUUAUUUAUAAUGUUACCUCUUCUCAAUAAGAAAAAAAUAAUUUCUACUGUAAAUAGAUGCAUGUCCAGCUGGAAUCUGGCCUGCCAAUGAAGUCUACUUGAAGAAUAGUAAUUGCUUGUACAUUUAUGAUUGCAUGCAAAAUUAUUUCAAACAUAAUUUUUUUAUACUUACCCCAUGUGCUGGACUAUCUCUUGACCGACUAAUAUUUCAGGGCAUUUAUCUUCAAGAGCAGAAGCACUGCACGGUGCACACAGGAGCUCUGUGGCUGUAAUGAAGGCUUGGUGUGGUUUUUAGUAGCACUGCUUGAACAAAACACCUCUGCAGACUUACUUAAAUAUUUUCAUAUUUUCACAAUUUUUUCCCUACACGUCCCCAUGUCUUGUUCAUUUCAAGUUUGUCUGACACCCUACAAAUCAUAGCAUGCAGACUGUAGAUGGCAUUUCAAACGAGAUUAUUUAUCAUGUGAAAUAGAAACAAAAAAAUAUAUGUAGCUCUUAUUUUUCUCAACCUAUACCCAUAAAGCAAUAUUUUCAUGUUUAAUUGAGCAUUUGAAUUUGACACAGACAGUAUGCGAGAUGGGUGGGUAAAUGCUUUGGUUAGAUGUGAGUGCAUGCUGGAUUUGUAAUAUUAACUGGCAUGAAAGGGACAGCUAGGCCAUCAUUUAGUUAAAAUAUUAAAAUACAUAACUUCAGUGUGGGCUACAUUUUGGACGGCGUCUUAGAUGUCUUAGAAGCAUGAACAUACCCAUGUCUAUAUAAUCAUAAGCAUGAACAUAAUUCUCCAGCAUGGGUAAUUGGUCCUUUUGUUACAUUGAUGUAAACAUUGAAGAUGUUAAAUUGGUAAAUGGAGCUAUACUCCUCUUUAUUUCCUAUUUUAUUUGCUCCAUUACAUAAAAAAUAAUCUGGAAAGCUCUAACAAUGAAAACUACAUAUAUUUUUUGGUGAUGUAUCUGAAGAAGGCACUAAGGAAAGAUAUAGCAAUAUUGGCAUUAUCUUCAUUUAUUGCUAGUGGUUUCCUGAGCUUUGUAACAUGCUCACAUGGGGUUCAUAGAAAGGUGUUUUAGAAAUCCAGUGUUAAAUAAAGUCAUACAGUUAACAUUAACCUCAGUGCAGUUAAGAAAAGCACGGUGCAUAUUUUUAUUGGGCUUGUGAGGUUUUACUUUUCUAAUUUUUCCAACUGAUUAAGUAAAUUGUAGGAAAACACAUUGUAGUCAGGGAAGUUAAGAGCACAAAUCCAGUAUUGGAUUUGUCCAGACUUUUUAAUAGUAAGUAAGUGGCUUAACAAUUGAGAUUUUUUCCCUCUGUAUACAUAUGUUUUAGGAAUAGUUUUGCAUAAAUUCAGGAAAUAAAAUCAACUGGUUUACAUUGAAUAUUAGGAUUUAUUAAUCAAAUUUAAUUACAUUUAUUUCAAACCAAAUGUUGUGUACGAAUAUACCAUUUACCAAAUAUUUGCCAUUUUUUUCAUCCUAAAAUUUUCUUGUUACUUUUUGUGGAAACAUCAAAUUUGCUUAAUUAUACCGGCCUUAAAAAUUACAAGCAAUAACCUUUUAGUUGAGGCAGUGUUGGUCCCUUGUUUAAAUUCCUAGGUAUCUAUAGACAUAUAGUGGGAGAAUAAACAAACUAAAAACACUAACCUUUGCAUACACAUAGUAUUGGAGGCCAUCAAGAUGAAUAAUUUCCCCUUAAAUAUGCAAAUGGUUCAGUCUGCACAUAGAUUCAUGAUUUGAUUGCUGUUAAUGUGGGAAACUUAACAGAGUCAUGUCUUUGCUCAAGAAAACCAGAGUAUCACCAAAAAACAAGGAGGAGUUACCAUUCGUUUUUGUAUUGGGUACGCUGCAUAACCAAGAUAAACAAGUAUCUACAUGUUAAGGCAGAGGAGGGAGAAGAGGUGAAUAUGUAAUGAAUGGAAAGUGAUUAUAUCUUCACAAUAUGUUGUAAGGGUUUUCAGAAAUCUGACAUUUGUAAGAAUUACUGUAAUCUUACACUCAUAAUGCACAUGGUCAGCUUUUUUUGUUGUUUAAAUGCUUUUUUCUUCUUCUUUUUUUAUGUGGUUAGCAGUUAUUAAGAAUUUCACAAUGUUUAACUUGGUACACUGACUGCCUCAGCAUUUCUAAUGAGCAUCAUUCAUGAUUCAUUUUACUCAGGCUUUGAGAGUGUCUAUGAGAGUGUGCUUUAUACAAAGUUACAGGUGUAUGAGAGUGGAGAAUAAUGAGUGAAAACUUUUGCUGCAGAUUUGUCUUAUUAAAGAACCAAUAGUUAUAUUAAAGUCUUCUCUGCAUAAUUGUUUACUAAUCUAAAAAGGCUCACAUUUUCUACUGUGGGUCUUUGCCUUCAUUAAGAGUAUACAAAGUAGCAUAGGGCAUUACCUUGUCCUCUGUGCAAUAUAUUUAAGUUACUGUUUGUCUCUACUGUACAUGACACACGACAGAGUAGCACAAACACUAUAACAUGCAUAUUAACAUUUUAUGCCCAUUUAGAUGACAGAUUUUAAAUGAUCAUUUGUUUUUAUUUUUCAUGUGGUUGACUAAUAUUGUUGGCCUCUGCCUUGUAAAUUUAAAAUGCGCCUUUCAAAAACCAGCCUGGUUUUUGCCCUGCCAGGCACCAGAACUACUGAAUGGGAAGGCUAGAUGCUGUCUCUCUUUCCCUGAUGCACAAUGGAGCUAGAGAAAUUUGCACAGGGAAAAAGUGGGUGUUUGACUGCAUGCUGCAUUUUUGAUGUGUCUAAAACUUGAUGCCAGUGAGAAUGAUGUUUGCCUGCCAAAGUAGUACUUUGCUGCAAAUUUUUUCACACGUGUACUAAAUGCAAGGGGUCCUGGGAAAGAAGAGUUUUAGUGCUGGAAAGCGUAGGCGAUGCACCAAGUGAUACUGUACCAUUGUGUGUAGUCAGCAAACACAGCAGCCAAGUAUUAUAAAUGAUCUAUAGCUGGGUGUUGUUUUAAAGAGCAGGGGCUUUACAAUAUAGCAUGCUAUUUCUCCCCUUAUUCUAUAUCAUAUUAUUACACUAGACAGCUUGGCUGCAUGGUACAGCAUUAACUUGUGGCAAAAGGACUUUGUCUUAUGGCUGAAGGACCGAUUCAGCACAGGCUCUUCCUUUUGGAUUGUGUGCGACAUUGCAUUUAAUGUGAGACACAUUUUUUUAGUGUACCUGAGACUUCCUUUUUAUCAGAGUGUAAAAAGAUAUUACAAAAACAUUAGGGGGUGGGGGGAAAAAUGUUUAUUUUUACCACACUGG